AUGUCCCAUUUUCUGCUGUAUCUUAUUGCAGCUCUUCUUACCGCAGUGACUACUCCGUCAUUGUUUGUAGAUGCCUUCUAUAUCCCUGGUGUGCAGCCUACAUACUAUGAAGAGGGUGAAGAUGUCCAUUUUACAGUGAACUCCCUUCGCUCAUUACGUGAAUUGUUCCCACAGGAGUACUAUAAAUUACCCUUCUGUGCACCCCCAGUUAUAACAACAAAGGUAGAGGCCAUUGGAGAAGUUAUUUGGGGUGAUCGUAUGCAAAAUUCUCUUUACACUGUAAAGAUGAAACAAAACACAAAUUGUAUGAAAUUGCCAGGUUGUGAUGUGGUGAAGAAUAAUGCUAAAAUCAAGAAGAAUAUUGGUCAACUUGAAAACUAUAUUGAACAAGGUUAUCGUGGAUUUAUGAGUAUUGAUAACCUCCCCGUGUUUGGGGAAAUUCACCCUGUAUUUCUGGCUCAUUGUAAAGCUUAUAAAAAAGAUAUGCAGUAUGGACAUUAUCGCGGUUAUUCUCUUGGUGUAUCCCGUGCAUGUACAGGAAAAACAAUUAUCAACAAUCAUUUACAUUUUGUUAUCAGUUAUAAUACUGCACCAGGAAAUGAUAAGAAAUUUAUGGUUGUGGGAUUAAAUGCUACUCCAUACAGUAUUAAACACGACAGUGAUGGUAACAGUUGUAAUGAGGCUUUAGAUUUACAACAUUAUACUAUGGAUGUUCUUACUACAGAUGAUGUUCGUAAUAAUAAAGCUACUGUUUAUUGGACAUACAGUGUUCAAUGGGAACCUUCAGAUGUUCUUUGGGCUACACGUUGGGAUGCUUAUCUUCAUAGUUCAUUGGCUGAUUCCAGUGCGGCUUUUCAUUGGCUUUAUGUAUGCAGCAGUCUUGUUAUUGUCAUGUUGUGUGCUGCAUCUGUUAUCACUAUAUUAAUGCGAGCUCUUCAUAAAGACUUUAACCGCUACAAUUCUCCAGAUCCUGAAGAAAAUCAAGAAGAGACUGGGUGGAAACUUGUUCACGCUGAUGUAUUUCGAGUUCCCCACAGGGCACCUUUAUUGGCUUCUUUAACAGGAAAUGGAUAUCAAGUAUUAUCCAUGUUUACAGGUGUAUUGUUCUUUGCAUUACUUGGAUUUCUUUCACCCGCACGACGUGGAUCUCUUUUAACUGCCGUUAUUCUUCUUUUUGUUUUCAUGUCUGUUGUGGCUGGAUAUGUAUGUGGAUAUCUACUAAAGUAUUUUAAUCGACGGGAGUGGAGACAUGUAUUCUUCUGUGGAUGUGCAUUCCCUGGCGUUAUUUUUGCUAUUUACAGUUUUGCCAAUAUUGUGAAUUGGGCACAUGGAUCUUCCGAUGCGGUUCCAUUUUCUCUUCUGCUCACGAUGCUUUCGCUUUGGCUUCUCAUCAGUUUACCCUUAACGGUGGUGGGGGCCUCCUUUGCGUUUCGACAGGACCCGCUGGAGAAUCCGGUGGGAGUGGGUCGAUUGGCGCGGGAGAUUCCCCCACAGUCGUGGAUGAAUAGUCCCACUUUUUUAUAUAUAUUCCCUGCUGUUUUUCCGUUAUGUACGAUUAUAUUAGAAUUUAAUUUUGUAUUGCAGGCAUUAUGGGCAGGUCAGGUGUAUUAUGUGUUUGGAUUUCUUGCAUUGGUGUUUGUGAUUUGGAUUGCCAUUACUUCACUGGUGACGGUUUUUCAUCUUUAUUAUAUUCUCUGUUAUGAAAAUCAUCAAUGGUGGUGGAGCAGUUUUAUUAUGCCUGGAGGAUUUGGAAUACAUGUGAUGCUGUACUGUAUUUAUUUCUAUAUCACGCAAUUAUCUAUUCGUUCCUUUGCCUCUUCACUCUUGUACUUUCUGUAUAUGGGUCUCUUUUCAUAUUCGUAUGGAAUAGCCUCAGGAGCCAUUGGGUUGACAUCUGGUAUUUGGUUUGUGCGAAAGAUAUACGGUAGUAUCAAGGUGGAUUAA